ACCGAACAGACCAAAACACCCCUGAGAUCAGAGGCCCGCCACACUUGUUACACGCAUCACACUCCCUCUUCCUCUAAUUUCUAACAUUUUAAACCGAGUCAUGAUGCUGCUGCGAAGCACCACCUCACUUAUUCUCCGGUCAAAAUCGUCGACUUCCUCACCGGCCUUCACCACCUCCUCAUCCACUUUCGCAGCUGCUCUGUUCAAAACCUCCGCAGCCAAAUCUCACUCACCUUUAGUUGCACUGCGAAAUUACCGAUCUACCCUCCCUUCUCCUCCUCGCUGCGCCGUGAGUGAGAGUGACUCUGUGCAAGUUGAAGAGAUGGCCGCCGGAGAUGUCCAAGAUCCUCGCCUAGAAAGAAUUGCCUCUUCAAUCAGAGUCAUCCCUGAUUUUCCCAAGCCAGGGAUUAUGUUCCAGGAUAUUACUACCUUACUUCUGGAUACUCAAGCUUUCAAGGAUACCAUUGAUUUGCUUGUUGAGAGGUACAAAGACAAGGAAAUCUCUGUUGUUGCAGGUAUCGAAGCUAGAGGUUUUAUUUUUGGUCCUCCCAUUGCGCUGGCCAUUGGGGCUAAAUUUGUACCUAUGAGAAAGCCGAAUAAGUUGCCUGGGAAGGUUAUUUCUGAAGAGUACUCUUUGGAGUAUGGAACAGACACGAUGGAGAUGCAUGUGGGAGCUGUAGAAGCAGGAGAACGUGCCUUGAUCAUUGAUGAUCUUAUUGCAACUGGAGGAACUUUGGGUGCUGCAAUCAGGCUACUUGAACGAGUUGGGGUGACGGUGGUAGAAUGUGCCUGUGUAAUUGCACUGCCAGAACUAAAGGGUCGGGAACGAUUGGGAGACAAUCCGUUAUUUGUUCUCAUCAAUGCACCCGGAGCAUGAUUGUAUGAGAUUGAUGCUCUUUGCCAUAUGAGUUCUUAGAUUCUGGAGCUUUCAUCGGAGCUGCAGUCUCAAAACAAAUUAAAUUAAGCGGGGCGCCUAUGGCUGUUUUAAAGGAUUCGAUUACAUUUGAUGAUUGAAGAGUUGAGAAAACUUGGUAGAUGGCAUGUAAGGAGCAUAAAUAAGUACCCGAUUUUCUUUUAUUGCUUAUGUUUGUAUGGUAAUAUUACAGCAAAGUGAUGAUGAUAACUUUGCCUGGUUACUGAGUAAGAAGUUGUACCUUGCUUUUGCAGCUCUGUAACAUUUGCUUUUGCAGUUGUACCUUGUGCUAAUCUCAGCUAAUCACAGUGAUGGUACAGACUUUCCACUAAG